AUGAGGGUUAUUGUGGAGUUGGAUUUAAGAGAUUUAAGAGAUUUAAGAGAUUUAAGAGAUUUAAGAGAUUUAAGAGAUUUAAGAGAUUUAAGAGAUUUAAGAGAUUUAAGAGAUUUAAGAGAUUUAAGAGAUUUAAGAGAUUUAAGAGAUUUAAGAGACUUAAGAGAUUUAAGAGAUUUAAGAGAUUUAAGAGAUUUAAGAGAUUUAAGAGAUUUAAGAGAUUUAAGAGAUUUAAGAGAUUUAAGAGAUUUAAGAGAUUUAAGAGACUUAAAAGACUACCUAAGAAAUCAUAGGCAUUAUUAUUAUCCAUACGAGAAUCUCUUGCUGAUAAAUAGCUUCGUCAAAACCUCUCAAAACUUUCAAGGAGAUAUAUAUGAGGUCCUUAACCGCUCUAAAAUAAUGAUUACGACUCUUGAAGCUUACUGA